CUCACUGCUGUCCAGAAAAUAUAUUCCUACAAGGUAACUCUUCCAGCCUCAAGGAAUAUGUUCACAGGUCUGUCAUAGCUCUACCGUUGCAGUUUCGCGAGGUCGACGCUCGCAUUUUUUAUCUUGCUCUGUCAAGUCCCCCGAGGCACCGACGUCGGCCUUAGACUGCCGUUGUGCGCUUGCCUGUGCGCUUGCCUGUGCGCUUGCCUGUGCGCCGGUUUGCCUUUUGGUCACUCGGAGGUAGCUUGUUGACAUUUGUUGUUCAGGGGGGAUUGACCAGCCUGCGCCUCUCAAUCUCGAUUGUAAUUUCCACUGGGAUCUCUGUUUUGUAGAAGACAAUCAGGUGGAGAUUAGAAGUAGCCCGUUACGGCUUGUUCGUAUCUCGGUUACCCGUCCAGCAUACCGUCCAGCGUCUACUCCCAAAGCCGUCUGUGUCGUUCAUCAGUCAUUCUUUAUCAUCGCGUCGUCAUCCGAAAUUGAGACGGUCUAACUCUGCUGGAAUUCUACUAAGAUACAGAUGUGCACCUAACGUUCGUCGCCGAUGCUUCGUCGGAAUCCCACUCGGAUCGAGCUGAAACCCGAAGAUCGGGAGGAGUACUUCGAAGCCAGAAGACUCGCCGCCGCCGCUGCCGCCGCUGCCGCUAGUGCACCUGGAACCAGUGGAGGGGGAGGAGGCGUACCUUCGGCGAACCUUCUUGGGGCGCGGUUAGAGUCUCCGUUUCAGGGGAGGGGAGGAGCCUCUGGUGCCAGGACAGGCCUCCAGAACUAGAGCGUUCUUAGUCGGGCUUUAAGAAAUUUUCAGCGAUUCUGCUGUGGUUAGCGAUCUAGGGUUUGCUUCUCACGCUUAAGACGACUGCGACUCCCGGCGGCCUUCUUGCUAGUUCAUUCGUGAUUCCGUUAGGUCAUCGCGAAUCUAAGAGCUGACCUAGGUCAUCUCACAGCAGAAUUUGCUGCUGCUGCUGCUGCCGUGCUAGGUUAUCCUCCAUCUCCCCGCUUCGCCUUUCGUUAGGCCUGUGUGUUUCUCGGCGUGGUUCGAUUUAGGCUUGCACCCAUGUUCCCGUGCUCGAGCGUGCGCGCUUCCCCCACUCCGUCCUACCUCUCGGGUCUCACUCCCUCACCGCUGAGGUUACAGCGACCUGCGAGCUCGCCAGUUGAGGGGGGAGGGAGUGGGCUGCUGCGGGUGGUAGCGAGGAGGGAGAGGGGGCACAAGAGGCCCACCUGUUUAAUGUGGAGUGGUGUUGGGACCACCAGGUGCCAUGUGAGCCGCACUGUCUUCCCCGUCCGCCGGCUGCCGCCCCUGCGCUCUGCUCCUGGCGACAGCACAGGCAAAGUGGCAAGCGAGCCCCCCCUGAUCUGGAACGAGGUGGAGUACUCCCCCGACGGGCUGGGAGUGGUGAAGCAGGACCCCCUGCUGGCCUCCCACGAGCCCCACCUGCGCUACCGCUACGCGCAGUUCCUCAAGCUGAAACGAGCACUGGAGCAACAUGAAGGGGGGCUGGACCACUUCUCCCGAGGGUAUGAGACGAUGGGCUUCACACGGGAGAAGGAUGCCAUAGUCUACCGCGAGUGGGCUCCUGCUGCCACUGCCGCGCAGCUAGUCGGCGAUUUCAACGGGUGGAACGGCGAGUCCUGCUGGAUGGAGCGCAAUCAUUUCGGCGUGUGGUCGGUGCGGCUACCAGACAGAGACGGCCGCCCGGCGAUCGCGCACGGAUCUCGAGUGAAGAUUCGGCUGCAGAAGGGGGACGGCGGGUGGGUGGAGCGCAUCCCGGCUUGGAUCCGAUGGGCCACGGCUGAGCCGGGCAAGAUGGGGGCGAGCUACGAUGGCAUCUACUGGAACCCCCCGGCCAAUGAGAGGUAUGAGUUCAAGUGCCCCGCCCCCCUCGGCCCGUCGCCCCGCGCAUCUACGAAGCCCACGUGGGGAUGAGCUCGGAGGAGCCCCGCAUCGCAUCCUACGUUGAGUUCGCCAACAACGUGCUCCCGCGCAUCAAGGCGGCGGGCUACAACACAGUCCAGCUCAUGGCCGUCACCGAGCACUCCUACUACGCCUCCUUCGGCUACCACGUUACCAAUUUCUUCGCAGUCAGCUCGCGGUCCGGCACCCCAGAGGACCUCAAAUACUUAGUCGACACGGCGCACUCGCUCGGGCUCCGCGUGCUCAUGGAUCUCAUCCACUCCCACGCGAGUAACAACGUGUCCGAUGGGCUCAACGGGUUCGACUUCGGGCAGUCGGCGGCCGAUUCGUAUUUCCACACGGGGGAGCGGGGGUACCACAAGCUCUGGGACAGCCGGUGCUUUAACUACUCCAACUGGGAGGUGCUGCGUUUUCUCCUGUCGAACCUCCGGUUCUGGCUCGAGGAGUUUCAGUUCGACGGGUUUAGGUUUGACGGGGUGACCUCGAUGCUGUAUCACCACCGGGGCAUCGGCCUGUCGUUUUCGGGGGAUUACCACGAGUAUUUCUCCACCUCGACUGAUGUAGAUGCGGUGGUUUAUUUGAUGCUAGCAAAUGAUCUGAUUCACGGGGUGCGGCCGGAUGCGACUACGAUAGCAGAGGAUGUCUCUGGGAUGCCCACGCUGGGUCUGCCGGUGCCGAUCGGAGGAGUGGGGUUUGAUUAUAGAUUGGCCAUGGCGAUUCCCGACCGCUGGAUCGAGUACCUGAAGGAUCGGAGGGAUGAAGAGUGGAGCAUGCAGGAGAUUGUGCACACGCUGACCAACCGGCGAUACACCGAGAAGUGCAUUGCGUAUGCAGAAAGCCAUGACCAGUCAAUGGUGGGAGACAAGUCCUUUGCGUUCCUCCUCAUGGACUCCGACAUGUACUUCCACAUGUCGGUGCUCGAGAAGCCCACGCCUGCGGUGGAGAGGGGCGUGGCUUUGCACAAGAUGAUUCACUUCCUCACAAUGGCGCUGGGAGGCGAUGGUUACCUCAACUUUAUGGGGAAUGAGUUCGGGCACCCCGAGUGGCUGGACUUCCCUCGAGAAGGCAACAACUGGAGCUACGACCGCUGCCGGCGCAUGUGGAACUUGAGGGACGACAAGCUGCUGCGCUACCAGCACAUGGACCGGUUUGACCAGGCAAUGAAUGCCCUGGACGAGAAGUACCACUUCCUGGCUGCAGACCACCAGAUUGUGUCCAGCGCAGACGAGAAGGAUCGGGUCAUUGUGUUUGAGAGGGGCGAUCUUCUCUUCGUCUUCAACUUGCAUCCCACCAAAACCUACGAGGGCUACAAGGUGGGAUGCAAAGAACCCGGCAAGUGGCGAGUGGUUCUGGACAGUGAUGCUCUUGAUUUUGGGGGCAGAGGGCGGGUAGGCCAUGACGUCGACCACUUCACGUCACCCGAGGGGAUCCCGGGUCGCCCGGAAACAAACUUCAACAACCGCUGCUGCUCCCUCCUCGUUCUCUCUCCUUCCAGAACCUGCCAGGUGUAUGCCCGAGUCAAGGAGGACGAACCUCCAGCCACACUUCCUUCAGCUAAGACCGGGCUCAAGUCAAUUGUGCCCCGAAGUCCACUUCACCUGGAGUAAGCUUACACCACCGUGGAUGGCAAUUGGCCAUCGUGUUUGGACAAUCAGUGCCAAACUACAAUAAUUUGUACAUUACAGACACCUUCGUGAGUUGUGUAAACUGCUACAUCAAAUUUGUCACCUUUGUGCUUUUUUUGACUGUGUAUCCUAAAUGUGUUGUUACUGACUCGACAAUUGUACGCGAUGUUAGACG